AUGGAAAUAUCUUGCGAAACAAAUAUUUUCGAAUGUUUGUCACGAGUGAAAAUUUUUUUGAAAAGGGAUAUUGUGCUAUUGUAUACUGCCAUAGGAGUUUAUGUCCUCCUAGUUGUAAGAUUAAUAUAGAUCAGCUUAUUUGGGCUUCUUUCUGCUAUCCUUAUGCAUUUGCUUCCUUUAUUAGGAAUUUGCUUUGUCUGUAAAAAGAUUUCACAUAUCCACACAAUUGGUAUAGUAAAUUACUUGUCAAAUCCGAUCCAAGAACUCCUUCUCCAUAGGUCAAUUUUUGAUAUUUUAUGUGAAAUUUGGUUUGUUCCCAAAAUCACUUUAUAUUUAAAGCGAUUUGCAUUACCAUUCUUCAUUAAGAUGAAUAGAGAAGAAGCUUACGAAAUGUUUAAUGAAUUAAAUCCAGAUUUCGCAAAGGCAUUAGAUACAAAGGGUGUUGUUAAUAUUCUUCCUCAGCCAAUCUACAAUAUCAUUAUGCCAUAUAAAUCACCUCUUAAAGCUGAGAUUUCACCAAUAAAUGGGCUAGAAGCUCUCUCUGAGCCUAUUCAAGCCCCAGAAUCUGGCUUGAUCCAUGUAAUGAGUUUUGACUCCAAUGACCAAGUUGUAAGAAUCACAAGCAAACGAACUGAGCUUUUAGGCUCAGGCAGUCGAGCUGACAGAAUCAAGCCAGUCUCACAUAAUAAAAUUGAUGAAAAAAUCAAAGAAAUUACACAAAAAAUCCCCACACUUCAGCCUGUGAUGGGCAAGAUUUUAGGAAAUAAAUUUAGGUCUUUAAUGGGUCUGGUUAGUCAGAAGUCAUUGGUAAGCUGCACAGUGGCUUCAGGACUAGCGAUUCUAUUGCAGAUAAUUGUGUCUAAGCAAUCUCGCGCUUUAUCUUUAGUUGGGAUCAAAAUUGCUUUGUUUAUCUGUGCUUUUUCAACGUUAGGGUUUUCUAUAUUAGGAUUAUUUAUAAAAUAUCUUCAUAAACAAGUAGAAGAGCCUAAAAAGUCUGAAGAAAUAGACAGUCAACAAAGUGAAGAACUGGGGCAUCGCAAAUACCCAAGUAUGAGGAGGAUAAUAGAAGAAAGAACCAAAAUAAAGUCAAGAUUUAACACAAAGGGAGAUAAGAGAAGUUUCUUUAGCCCUGAUUUAAAUAUGGCAUUAUAA